ACACCUUGCUUAUUAGCGUUUUUUCAAAAGCCCAAACAUAUUUGUGCAUAGAGCACAUGUGUAAAUCGACCAAAGGUCAGCGAGAUUGGAAAAGAAACAGCACGUUUUCUACUCAAUUCAAGCCCGAGAGAGGUACGAUAACAAUCUUUGCACGAAAAUAUUCUCCUGAGAAUUCCAAUCACUCCAAUGAAGCUAACCACAGACGAAGUACUUGAGAGGAUUGGAAGCUUUGGUCGCUACCAAAUUGUGCUCAACAUAUAUUUCAAUAUUGCUUAUGCAUUAUGGUGGGCUUUUCCAGUCAUGGCAAUGGUAUUCAUUGCAUCGGAGCCCGGAUGGAAAUGCAAAAACAAUUCGACUUGCCCCUUUACUGACACCAUCAGUCUGGGAGACGACAGAUACAAACAUAGAUGCGAUAUUCCUCGGCAAGACUGGGACUUCGCCGACGACUUCACUUCGGUUGUAACUGAGUUUGAUCUUUAUUGCAAAAGAGGCGCACUUGGAUUUGUAUCAACCUCUGUGAUCUUUGCUGGAUUUAUAGCUGGUAGUAUUUCUGUCAGCCCUAUCUCGGACAAGUUUGGCCGGAAGCUCCCGUUGUUUGUGUGUGGCUUUUUCUGCGCCGUGUUCAACUUUGUUUCAGCUUUUUCUCCUGCUUUCUGGGUGUUUGCUCUCUUUCGAGCAAUCGUCGGUUUCAUGAUUGGUGCUUACAGCAUUCCACUGUUUGUUUUGACAUCUGAGUUCUCUGGGGUUCGUCGACGAGGGACUGCAGGUUCGGUUGUUUGGAUUGGUUAUGAAGUGUUCGUCAUGCUGUUAGCAGCAAUUGCGUAUGGCAUAAGAGACUGGAGACAACUGGUUAUUGUCACUGGAGUUCCUGGGAUCAUCUUUGCCGCUGGAUAUUUUUUCAUUCCUGAGUCGGUCCGCUGGCUUCUGAAGAAGGGAAGAUACACUGAGGCAAAGGAAACUUUGUCUAAAGUCGCUUCAUUGAAUGGUGCAGAGAUGCCAGACGAACCAAUUUAUUUACCGAAGGAGGAACGUCUUGGUGACAUUCGAGAUUUGUUUUCCUCUCUCAAAAUGGCUCACAAAACACUUGGUUGCUGGUUCAUGUGGUUUGCAGUGUCUUUCAUUUCCUGGGGGAUGAACUUUAGUACUCCCUUUGUGGGCGGUAGUGUUUACUCCAACGUGGCAAUAAGUGCAGGUGCCUCUCUUCCUUCCUAUCUUAUCUGUGCUGUUUUGACUGUGUGGUUUGGCCGCAGAAAAUCCCUGUUCAUUUCGUUCCUCGCAGCUUCUCUUGGAGCCAUCGGCGCCCUUUUGAUGACAGAUAAAGCCGAACAUGACAACGGUUUUUUGGCUGGUAAAAUUUUCAUGUCCAUGGUCGUUGCAAAGUUGUCCAGUGGCGUGGCAUUUACCUUGGUGUAUAUUUAUGCUGCGGAGCUAUUUCCAACAGCACUGAGGAACGUUGCCAUGGGUACGUCAACAUCCUGGGCUCGAGUGAGUGGUUUUGCUUCGGCUUAUGCCCCUCUUCUGCUGGAAAUUCACCGUUUUCUGCCAUUUGGAAUUAUGGCUGGCCUUGCCCUCGCUGCCGCUGUGAUCUGUCUGACAUUACCUGAGACACACGACCAACCCAUGAUAGAAGAUUUGUCUCAGGAUUCGAACGACAAAAAUCACAAACAAGAUGAAAACUUGAACGCAAAUGAUGUUACAGCUGAGGAAAACACUUUAUUGUGAAGUAAUUUUUUUUAUCUAUCUUCGUUCUGCUGUCAGAAGCAGAAGUGAAAAUAAUAUAAUCUUCUCCUUAUCAACACAAAAGUACUAGGUACCUUCAAUAUGUUAAUUGUAUAUCUUUGCUAUGGUACAAGCCAUAUGGCGCGAGUAAAACAUAUUUUGAUACAAA